AUGCCUAUUAUCAAUAAAGACUUGGAUUCUGCAUUCCAAACGGCAGGGGCAAAUCCUGGUUUGGAAGUUUGGUGUAUUGAAAACCAGGAGUUGGUGCUAAUGUCAGAGUCAGACCAUAGAAAAUUCUAUACCGGAAGUGCAUACAUAGUUCUGAAUGCAGUUUUCCCAAAAAAUGGCCCUCCUCAUUAUGACAUUCAUUACUGGCUUGGAAAUGACACAAAAAAGGUGGAUUCAAGCUUGGCAUCAGACAAGGCACUUGAGUUGGAUGCGGCCUUAGGAUCCUGCAGCGUUCAAUAUAGGGAAAUUCAAGGCCAAGAGUCACAGAAGUUCCUAUCAUACUUCAAGCCUUGUUUAAUACCCAUUGAAGGAGUGUUUACUUCAAAGCAAGGGAAUUUGAAUGGUGAAUACCAAGUCAGCCUGUAUUCAUGUAAGGGAGACUAUGUUGUCCAUGUGAGAGAGGUUCCUUUUCAGAGGUCAUCGUUGAAUCAUGAAGAUGUAUUCAUACUUGACACUGCAUUAAAAAUCUUCCUAUUUAGUGGUUGCAACUCUACCAUUCAAGAAAGAGCCAAAGGUUUGGAGGUUGUUCAAUAUAUCACGGAGAACAAGCAUGGUGGAAAAUGUGAGGUGGCCACAAUAGAGGAUGGAAAAUUUGUUGGUGAUUCUGAUGUGGGAGAGUUCUGGAGUUUAUUUGGUGGUUAUGCUCCAAUUCCUCGAGAACCGCCUGCUAGUCAGGAAUCCGUGGCUCCAUCUGCAAAGGCAUUUUGGAUAAAUCUACAGGGAAAAAUUUGUCCAAUUGGAAGCAAUGCAUUCAGCAAAGAAAUGCUGGAGUCAGAUAAGUGUUAUAUGUUAGACUGUGAUAGUGAAAUUUUUGUCUGGAUGGGUAGGCAGACCUUAUUGACCGAAAGAAGAACAUCGAUCAAAGCUGCUGAGGAUUUUGUUAGAAACGAAGGAAGAUCGAGCAAGACUCAUUUGACAUUUUUAUCAGAAGGGUUGGAAAGUACUGUCUUUCGGUCACACUUUACUAAUUGGCCUAAAACAGCAGAACCUAGGCUUUACGAAGAAGGACGAGAAAAAGUGGCAGCCAUAUUCAAGCAUCAGGGUUAUGAUGUGAAAGAGCUUCCAGAUGAAAAGGAUGAUGAGCCAUCUAUAGAUUACGGUGGCACGAUAAAAGUUUGGCGAGUGGAUAGCGAUGAAUUGUCCCUUCUUCCAGUUACCGAACACACGAGAUUUUACAGUGGAGAUUGCUAUAUAGUACAGUAUACAUUUCCAGAAAAAGGAAGGGAUGAGACUCUGUUUUAUGCUUGGCUUGGCAGCAGAUGUGUAAUGGAGGAUAAAACAGCUGCUAUUUCCCACAUCAAUACUAUGGUUGAUUCGUCCAGAACUAAUCCAGUCAUGGCUCAAAUUCAUGAGGGCAAAGAACCAGCUCAGUUUUUCUCAAUACUCAAGAGGUUAAUCGUAUUCAAGGGGGGAAACAGUUCAGGAUAUAAGAAAUUUAUAGAAGAAAAAGGUAUAGUGGAUGAAACUCCCAAUGAAAACUUGGUAGCCUUGUUUCGAGUUCAAGGCACAAGUCCAGAUAAUAUGCAGGCCAUCCAAGUUGAUCAAGUUUCAAGUUCCCUGAAUUCAUCCUAUUGCUAUAUUCUCCGAAGCGAAGCUGCUAUGUAUACUUGGAUUGGGGGCCUAUCUUCAGCAAGAGACCAUAAUCUUCUUGAUAGAAUGGUGGAACUGUUUAAUCCGACACAGCUACCUGUAUCUGUAAGGGAAGGGAAUGAACCCGAUAUUUUUUGGGAUGUUCUUGGCAGAAAGGCAGAAUAUCCAAGAGAGAAAGAGAUUCAAGGAUUCAUAGAUGAUCCACAUCUGUUUGCCUUAAAAAUAACCAGAGGAGACUUCAAGAUGAAAGAGGUAUACAAUUAUACACAGGAUGACUUAAUUACUGAAGAUGUUUUAUUGCUCGAUUGCCAAAGAGAGAUUUAUAUUUGGGUUGGUUUACAUUCGGUUGUCAAAUCGAAACAAGAAGCUCUCAACCUUGGCCUGAAAUUUUUGGAAAUGGAUGUCCUUGUCGAAGGCCUAUCCGUGGAAGUCCCUAUAUAUGUUGUAAUGGAAGGUUAUGAGCCUCCGUUUUUCACUCGUUUCUUUUCAUGGGAUCACUCGAAAGCAAAUAUUCUUGGUAAUUCAUUUGAGAGAAAACUUGCAAUUCUGAAAGGAAACUCCAGAGACUCUACCCCUAAUGGUCAUAAAAGCAGUUCUAACAUUCCCAGUGGCCGUCGUAGAAGUAGUUCGCCUCUACCUCGGAGUGCAGGCUCAGACUAUAGGCAAUCGGGCAAUCGUCGUUUUUCAAGCCCCACUCCAGUUGGCAAGAAACUCUUUGAAGGAUCUCCUGCCAAUAACAGAGCCGAACAAACAACAACGCCACUGUCUGAUUCUCCAUCAACAGAACUGGCCUCCUCAAAUGAGACUGCAAGUUUCACCGAGAAGGACAGAAAUUAUAACCGUGAGAGUUUGCCGAUACACCCGUACGAGCGCCUUCGAGUGGUUUCUCCGAAUCCAGUAACCGGCAUCGAUUUAACCAAACGAGAGGCAUAUUUAUCUCAUGAAGAGUUCCACGAAAAGUUUGGAAUGCAAAAAUCUGCAUUCUAUAAACUCCCUAGAUGGAAACAAAACAAGCUGAAGAUUUCACUGGAUCUAUUUUAG